AUGUCAUGGCUUCUGGCCGUGGCGCGCAGAGUUGCUUUGGUCGCCGUGCGCUGCAGCACCCACGGCAGUAGCGGUCUCAGCAUGUUUUAUGCCGUGAGGAGGGGCCGCAAGGCCGGGGUCUUCCAGACCUGGAGCGAAUGUAGAGCCCAGGUGGACCGGUUUCCUGCUGCCAGAUUUAAGAAAUUUGCCACGGAGGAGGAGGCCUGGGCCUUUGUCAGAAAGCCUGCAAGCCCAGAUGGCUCAGAAGGGACGGAAAAUAAGCAUGAACAGGAAUCACAGGUGAAAGUCAGCAGGCGACUCCGUGAGCCCUCGGAUGGAGAGGAAAACGCAGAGCCCUGUGCGAAGCAUGCGAGACAGAGCACAGAAUCCGUGCCUUCAGCCAACAAGGACACGUUUUCUUACAUGGGAGAGUUUGUCGUUGUCUACACUGACGGCUGCUGCGUCAGCAACGGGCGGAGGAGGGCACGAGCAGGGAUCGGCGUUUACUGGGGGCCGGGCCAUCCUUUGAACGUAGGCAUUAGGCUUCCCGGGCGGCAGACCAACCAAAGAGCAGAAAUUCAUGCAGCCUGCAAAGCCAUCGAGCAAGCAAAGGCUCAAAACAUCAAGAAGUUGGUUCUAUAUACGGACAGUAUGUUUACUAUAAAUGGUAUCACUAACUGGGUUCAAGGCUGGAAGAAGAAUGGGUGGAAAACAAGCACAGGGAAAGAGGUGAUCAACAAGGAGGACUUCGUGGCGCUGGAGCAGCUCACCCAGGGCAUGGACAUCCAGUGGAUGCAUGUUCCUGGUCAUUCGGGAUUUACAGGCAAUGAAGAAGCUGACAGAUUAGCGAGAGAAGGAGCUAAGCAAUCUGAAGACUGAAUGAAGUAAUUUUAAUUCUUGGAAAAACUUGAUUGGCAGGAUUGAAUCUCAGAAUGUUCAGGUUGACUUGUACGUACCCGUGGAUUAGAGCAAGGCAGUGCUCCCUUGGUGGCUACAGCCCAUGCCAGGGCCCACGCCUCAGCCAAGGGAAUGCGGGCUGAGCCUUAACUGGAGAGCACCCUUGUACAAGGCAAGCCCGCCCAUAGCCCUGGCUGCUUGACUGUUGUAUAGAAACAUCUUACAGGCAAGAUGCAUAAAUCUUUUAAAAU